GAUCUGUGGUGGUUUGUUUCUCAGGUUCAGGUCCAUCAUGAGUUGCCCGUCCUCCAGUCAGCAGGGCAUUUACCCACAGACCCCUCAGCAAUGGCCCGGUCAGCCCUGCCAACCCUGCUGGUCCUGCCAACCCACUCAGCCCAACUGGCCUGUUAACCAGCCCAGCACAUCGGUUCCUGCGACAUGGCCGGUCCAACCCACCCAACCAGGCUGGCCCAACCCUCCAACCACCCCAACACUCCAACCAAACCCACCAACCCAACCCUUCCAACCAACCCAACCCUUCCAACCAACCCAACCCUUCCAACCAACCCAACCGAUUCAACCAAACCCACCAGUUCAACCCAACCCUCCAAUCCAGCCAAACCCACCCGUUCAGCCGAGCUGGCCUGCUCAACCCCCCACCCCGACAGGUUACCUGCCCUCUCCAGCCCCCCCGGCGUGGCACGGUAAUCCCGGUCAGCCUGGUUGGCCUGGUCAGGGUCCCGCAGGAGGAGCACCGCAGCAGUGGCCCCCGGCACCCGCCAUCGCUCCUGUAACGGUUCCAUUCAACAUGAAUUUUCCCCGCGGCAUCUACGACAAGCUGAUGCUGACUAUCAGAGGACAGAUUAAACCAGACGCCAAGAUGUUCACGAUCAACUUCCUGCGCGGUAACGACAUUGCUCUUCACAUCAACCCGCGCUUCAGUGAGGGCGGGAAACCGGUUCUGGUCCGCAACCACAAGCUGGGAGAACGCUGGGGGAAAGAGGAGCGGGAUCUUCUGUCUCCAUUCCCCUUCAUGCCCGGUCAUCACUUUGAGAUGAAGAUCCUCUGCACCUUCACAGAGUUCAAGGUGGCCGUCAACAACACGCCUGCGUUUGACUUCCAGCACCGCAUCAAAGAGGUCAACCAGAUCAACCGCAUCAACAUCCUGCAUGACGUCACGCUCACGUCCGUCAACGUGGAGACGCUCCCAUGAGCCUCAG